GCUGUUGGCAGGCAGGCGCGGCGAUGCCACGGCAGUGCGUGCACCCGGGCAACGAGUUGCUGGUGCUCGAAAUGGAAAAGAUCAUUGAGCAAGAAGCUGCUAAGUCCAACCGUCGCGUGGGUCCAGGCCAAGUGAACCACAAGCUGUCGUCGUACCAACGAGCACUGACCUCGAUUCGAAACCACCCCGAGGUGAUUCAAUCCAGCGCCCAAGCUAAAAGUUUGCGUGGCGUCGGCAACUUCAUUGCACAAAAGAUCCAUGCGAUAUUGAUUCGUCUGGAGACUGUCGCAACGUAUAGCGAAGACUUGAAUCGACACCCACCGCCAGACAAUGCCCAGCGCCAGCAAACGUCAGCAUCGAAAAAGCGAAAGGUUACACCAUCUACAACACAUCCCGAGGACCCGCCAAACUGCGACCUGUCAAAAGUCUACAAGCCUACAAAGGGAAAGUUGCCGUGGUACGUCAUCAUGGCGCUGUGGGCCAUCGGCGCCACGUCCGCAUCCCGUGCCGUCGAUUUGAGCACGAUGGUCACGGAAAUGAAACAUUUGGGGUUCGAAGGCACCACGACACAGCUGUCGGCACGUUUGUCAGGACUAAUCAGCAUCCAGGAAGUUGUAGCCAAGACAGCGGACAGCGCGUUGUACUAUUUAUCAUUGAAUGGGAUCCGAAGCGUGAUGGCAUGUGUGACCGCGACUCCAGCAGAACCCAGAACCACGGCUGCCGACGGACCCCCUCCAUUUGACUGGUCCUCAACGAACCUGUCUGGUUUGGUCUGUUCAUCACGGCCUGUGGAACCCAAUCCGGGCGACGACUUGUGGGAGAUCGUGUUGCUCCUGGACCAUCGCGAAAUGAUCUCACGGACGAAUCGGUCUGUGUUUGAACGAAAACUACUCGAGGCGAACGUGGCGUGCGAAGUGCGAUCGCUCAACAUUGGAGACAUGAUUUGGAUUGCCCGGAGCCCCACGCGUCUGCUCAACGGAAAACCAGAAGAAUACGUUCUCGAGGUGGUGGUCGAGCGGAAGAAUGUGUCGGACUUGGCCAGCAGUAUCAUGGACAAGCGGUACACAGAACAAAAGGCUCGCCUGAAGCAGACGGGUCUGCGCUACGUCAUUUACCUCGUCGAAGGCUCGUUCGAGUCUCAAUCGACGUGUAUUCGAAGUGGAGGGCUGCAGACUGCGAUGACUCGCACCCAGGUGCAGCACAAUUUUCUCGUGUACCAUGGGACGUCCCACGAUGAAACGGUGGGGUUUUUAGCUUCCCUCCAUCGACACAUCGUCCAUGCAUUCCACACGACGUUGGGGUGUUCGAACCCCCGGCCAACGUCUUGGUUGUUUCCGCCGCUGCCGCGUCCGCUCCACGACUUUACCCAAGUCGUGCCGCAGACGUGGCAGUCACACAGCGAGUUCCAAGCGGCUUCGCGCAAAAAAACGGUACUCACCGUGGGCGAGAUCCACCAAAUGAUGCUCAUGCAAGUCCCAAAGCUCGGUCGUGCAACUGUUCUGCAUGCAGCAAAGACAUUCCCCACCAUGGCGAGUUUGUGGACCCAUGUACAAGCGGGUCGUCCCGUGGCGCUUGGAUCGAGCACGCGCCGGGCGCCGGAGAACAGCCACACAUUUCUCGUCGACUUGUGCACUCGGAGUUCGUACGCCGCGACCGUGUGAUGCAAUAUCUAUUUGUUCAUACGACGGAUAUUUGAGUUGGUCCACAUGCAUGCGACUGUCCGGCGCUUUCCCAACGCGAAAGAGAGGACCAAACGUCAUGAUACCCGAGAAAUAGUUAGCACUGUGCCAACUACCCGA